CUCCGUCAUCUCUCUCUCUCUCUCUCCCUCUCCCCCCUAUUCUCUCUUGUUUUGGUAUCGGGUUUGGAUCUUGAAAUCCUAAGAUUUUUUUGACCCGAUUUAGUUAUUUUUGCACUUUUUAUUUAUUUAUUUAUAAAUUCAGUCCUCUAGUUGAAGUGGAGAGUUAAGAAGGUUGCUUGGAAUGGGCAUUCAGGAGCAUAACGUAAGUACGGAUAUGGAAUCUUUUUCCCUCGAAACUCCAUCAAUAAAUGGAGUCCAGUCAGAGGAGAAUCAUUCAUCAAGAGAUGUAUUUGCCCCCAAGGUUAGGAAACCUUACACAAUCACAAAGCAGAGGGAGAGGUGGACAGAAGAAGAGCACCAUAAAUUUCUUGAAGCUCUGCGGUUGUAUGGCCGAGCAUGGAGACGUAUCGAAGAGCACGUAGGUACGAAGACCGCUGUUCAGAUUAGAAGUCAUGCUCAAAAGUUCUUCACUAAGGUGGUGAAGGAAUCGACAGCAAAUGGUGCAGGCAAGGUAAAGCCAAUUGAGAUACCUCCUCCUCGGCCUAAGAGGAAGCCAGUGCAUCCUUAUCCUCGUAAAUUUGGGACCUCUUCAAACAAUGGAACGCUCAAUAUAGGCAAACUAGGAAGGUCCUCGUCACCUAUUUUAUCUGGCUCUGAACAAGGGAAUGGGUCACCAACAUCUGUUCUAUCUGCAUUUGGUUCGGACACGAUGAGUUCGUUUCUCUCGAGCCUCCCAAAUAGUUGCACGUCACCUGUUACUUCUGCUGCUGGAUCAAAUGAACAAGAAACAUCAAUCGAGGAAGAGAAACAAAAUCAUUCACCCAUGGUAAACCUUCACUUUGGAGGCCAUGCUUCAUCAAAGGAAGUUUCAUCAAGGGAUGCACCAGUUCCUUACCUCAAGCUAUUUGGGAAAACUGUUCUGGUGGCGGAUUCACAAAAUCCGUCGCCUUCCAGCAUUGUGAAUAAUGUAACAAAUUCUGAGUCGCUGCCUGCUGUCGAUAUUGAGAAGCAAGAAAAGAAUCUGUGUAUAGAUUUAAGCGCUCCGAUUCUACCUCUUCUACCCGGACAGUUUUAUCCAUUUCCUUCUAAUUUUGGAGACUCCAUGAAAUCUUGGUGGGCAUUGUAUGGAAAAUUACCGCUUCCAUUUCUUCAUCAACAAAAUUCAAGUUCGAGACAAUUCCUAAGCAAUCAUACUGAAGCACUGAAGAACGAAACCUCUCGGACUGGUUCGAAUACUGAUUCAAUUGCUGAAGGAGAUCGAAAUGUAAAUAAGAGCGACGACAUAUUCAAGGACGCUACAGCUCUCAAUGGUAGGAGGGAUGGAUCGGAGAAGUCAUUGAGGGGGUUUGUGCCCUAUAAGAGGUGUGUUGUAGAUAGAGAAGGAAAGCAUCCUCAGGUGAAGAGUGAUGAAGGAGAGGGCCAAUCUGUAAGGUUAUGCUUGUAGUUUUCAAAGCUAGCCCUCUGUGUGACUUGAUUUUCAAGGGACAUUCUCCUCAAUAAUGGGGAGUUUGUUCAUUGAUUCUGUUAAGGUUUUUGUUUUUAUUUUUUGACCGCAAAAGGUCUUUUCUAUAGCAUAAUGUUUACUGUUGUAACUUGACAGUUUAACCAAGUUAGGUGGAAACCCUGGCUCCCGAACCCCAUUUUUUA